GGCUAGCUAACGUUGAUAAACGUUAGUGAUUGAUUGCACGACUGUAACAUCAUAUUUUUUAUCCGUUUGUAAAAAAAAAAAAUAGAAGCGGUUUUAAAUUAAGCCAUCAUGAGUUCCUCGUCCACCCCGAUCUCCCGAAUACGUCAGUGGUCCUCACCAUCCACACUCACCAGCACGCCACCUCUCGCUGCCUUCCCCGGCAACAAUGACGAGCUGGAGCGGCGCCAGAGACGUAGAUCCAGGGUCAUGGAUCUCCAUACCAUGUCGGACGUCUCUGUCACCGAGUCUCCUGCACACAGUGCUACAGGGACCCCAGCGGCUGUGCCCAAGCUGUCAAACGCACAGAUCUCAGAGCACUACUCCACCUGUAUCAAACUGUCCACGGAGAAUAAAAUCACCACCAAGAAUGCCUUUGGACUGCACCUUAUCGACUACAUGGCUGACAUCCUCAAGCAGAAAGACUCUGAGCUCACAAAUUUCAAGGUGGCAGCCGGCACUCUGGAUGCCAGCACCAAGAUCUAUGCGGUCAGAGUGGAUGCUGUUCAUGCUGACGCCUACAGAGUGUUGGGUGGAUUGGGCUCUGAGACAAAGCCCGAAGAGGAGAGGGAAGCUGAGGAGGGGGGAGAGGAGGAAGGAAGUGCUGAAGGAGUGACGGCUGCCAAGCAAGUGGUGAAGAAGAAGAGGCCACCAAAGAAGACUGUGGAGCAGAACCUGAGCAACAUCAACAGCUCUGAGACGGAGAGGAAGUGUGAGGUGGACCCCAUGUUCCAGCGCAUGGCGUCCUCUUUCGAUGAGAGCAGCACGGCAGGGGUCUUCUUGUCAGUGCUGUUCAGUGAAGACAGCCGCUGUGAGCUGCUCUUCCCCUCCCACCUCACCCUCCUGCGGGCCACGCCUCCCAGCCCUCCACCACCAAAACAGCACGUACCCGCGCAGCCCUUCACAGGUGGUCUGCAGCAGGCACUGGAGAAGAACUCUAUCUGCCCCUCCCUGAAGGACUUCUCUUUCACUCGGUGGAACCCAGACCAGACCAUGAACCAGCUGCUGGAGAAGAUGAAGCAGGGGGAGCACGUGUUUGACGUGAACGCCGAGGUAGAGCCAGAGGAGGAGGAAUGCCAGGAUUUUGGGGAUGAUUUUAAUGAUGAUGCCUAUGAAGAGGGACCGGGAGAUUGUGGGGAGGGGCCCAAGGAGCACAAGGACACCUGCGCCAUGACAGGGACAGGACGAGGACGGGAUGUGGUUGCAAUUGGGGGAGGGGACAUCACCACCAUGUGCCUGCAGCUGUCCUCCCAGCCCAGGGAAUACUCCUACUUUAGUCCUAGGACCAUGGCCAUGUGGGCUGGGCCUGGGUACUGGCGCUUCAAACCCCACCACAAGCAGGAUCACCUCCCAGACAAGGAAAGCCGCAAGAGGAAGCCCAAGAAGACCUUUGAGAUUGACUUCAGUGACGACAUAAACUUUGAUGUUUACUUCCGCACCACAAGAGCAGCCACCACCAACAGCAAGUCUGCCCUCUCCACCAGCAACAAGAAGACCACGCUGCCAGCAGACUUUCACUACCCCCCAGAGGCCCUGUCCCAGCUCAGCGCCAAGCCCUCCAGCACGUUGUGUAAGCAGGGGCCAAAGCGAUUGUCUGGAGAGUUGGGCGAUGGCAUUGGGGACUACAACUACAACAACGCCAACGACACUGCAAACUUCUGCCCUGGUCUACAGGGCAGAGACAGUGAUGAUGAAGCAGAGGGGUGUGGGGGACCAGAUGAUGAUUUUGACAUGACCCAGCACCCUGCUUCUGGCAACACACCUCCUGGGUCACAGGAUGAUAUCUUCACCUAUGGGGAGGACAACCUGGUGCCAGAACCUCACAAGGUAAACAAGAUUGAAAUAAACUACGCCAAAACAGCCAAGAAGAUGGACAUGAAAAGGCUAAAGAACACCAUGUGGAGUCUGCUGACGGACUGCCUGGACAAUCCAGACAAGGAGGGAGAGAGCGCAGAAACGGUGACCGGGGAGAAAGCCUUCAGCCAGACCACAAAGACCCUCCUUCAAAGAUUGCCCUCCACCAUGGCCCAGAACUUAUCUGUGCCUCUGGCAUUUGUUGCUCUGCUCCAUUUAGCCAAUGAGAAGAACUUGGAGCUCAUCAAAGUGGACGAUAUGUCAGAUAUUGUCAUCAAGCAAGGUCAUUGA